UUUUUGAGGGUGGGGGUAGUGGUGUUUGAAUCAAUUUUUUUCCGCUUGUUUUUAUCAUUUUCAGAGUCAGCAUCCUUAGACAGACUGAGUUGAAAUCUAAUUAGUUUGGGGUUUUUUUGCCCUCUCUUUCCUUUCUACUUGUCAGUGGCCAACGCGACCCACUCCCCGCCCCAGAACCUUAACAUUCAUCUGAUGCGUUUGAAAGAUCAUGUUGUCUGUUUGUCUGCCUGCCUGCCUGUCUGUUUGUCUGUCCGUCCGUCCGUCUGUCUGUCUGUCUGUCUGUCUGUCUGUCUGUCUGUCUGUCUGUCUGUCUGUCUGUUAUCCUGUCAGUGCACUUCUCAUUGCUCACAUAUUUCUAUUUCUUUCAUCCUUUCAGUUUCAUUUAUUUCGACCUUUUCGCGACGCUGCUGUCAGAAUGAAGAGCUGCCGAAAGGCUGCGAGUGUUUUGGCAUUGCAUUCAACGACUUCAAAAACACAGGCUUAAGAAGGCCACAAUGCCCCGAGAACGUGGGUCUUACCUUUUGGCUCUAUCAAGAUCUGGAGAAUUCGGGAACACAGAUUAAAGUUGGUGAUUUGUCAACUUUCGACCCCUCGCUUCAGACUCGAGUUUUGGGGCACGGCCUCCUGGAGUCAAAGGAAAACUGGGAGCUGAAGCUGAAAGAUGCUCUUUUGAACAGAGAGAAGAUGAAUGUGAUCGCUGUUGACUAUAAAGACGGCGUAGACGGCUAUGAGUACUUUCAGUCGGUCGCAAAUGCCAGGACACUGGGCGCCAUGAUAGGACGACUUCUCCAGGAUCUUCACGAAAGUGCGGGAGCCUCAACCGAUACAUUUCAUCUGAUCGGACACAGCCUCGGAGCUCACAUCAUGGGCUCUGCUGGGGUCGAGUUUCGACGCUUGACUGGUGCCAACGUUGGGAGAAUUACUGGAUUGGACCCCGGCGGAUUGGGCUUCAAGCAGUUCAAGGACUCUGUGUAUUUGGACAAAACUGACGGAGAUUUUGUAGACAUUAUUCACACAAAUGCGGAAGAAGUUAGUCGAGGAGGGUUUGGAUUCCCCAAGUCCGUCGGUUCUGCAGACUUCUACGUGAACGGAGGGAUAGACCAGCCAGGAUGUCCAACUAGACCUUCUAACCUUCUUUAUUUUAAUGAUUUAGCAAAAGUGUUCUGCAGCCACCGUAGGUCUGUGACACUAUUCAUCAACUCUGUGAACGACUGUCAAUUCCAAGCAGAUGGUGAUGAUGGUUGUGUGAUGGGAUUUGAUGCUAGCCCAGUGUGUCAGGGCGACCUGAGAGUGACCACUACGAGCGAGGAACCCUUUUGCUGAAGCUACUCAGAGGCACAAUCUCAUCUUGUUGACCCCAAGAGACCUUUGUUCACCGCAACCAAAGCAACAGUGCUUUCAAACGCAUGGGCAUUAGCACACACAUACCAAAGAUACACGUCCUUCUUUUUUAGGGAGUGGGAGGGGCGGGGGUUGAUGCUCUUUUUCUGUACAUUUUGGUUCAUUUAUCUAGUUGGGUAUAGGUAGUCUAUCCAUUUGUGAAAUGAAAAAAUAAUGUUUUUGUUAAUAACGUGAGAUAGAAUGCAUCCACCGAUUCCAUAUUUUGACAAGACAUGUUUAUAUUUGUUUUUAUAGCCCAGAAAAUAUGAGUCACGGCGCGUUGGAAUCAGGUUCUCGUUAGAUUUUAGGCAUAUAUGAAGUUUCUGCGGUAUCAUCUGAAGGCUUGUUCAUUUGUCUCGCUUGUUAUGAAAAAGUACCCAUUUCUCAAAACUGAAAGUCAAACGAUCUCAAUUGAAGCAGGUGGGGGUAAACAGUGUGUCAGAAGUAAUCGAGAAAAUGACCACCAAAGUUUGGUGUCUUCCAAUCCUUGAGCGUCAUAAUUCAAAUUUCUUAUGCAUUUCAUCAACGUUAUCGUGGAAAACCCAUAAAUAAAUGUGUUUUAAUGGACAUACAAGGCGAUGAUCCAAAAAGCAAAGCAAAAGCAAAAACAAUACCAAAAGAAAAACAAAUCGAUAAAAAUUGCCAGACGAGCGGAAAAUGUCGGUUUUAUUCGAUUUAAUUGCUUUUACGAGCGCCCGAUUUCCCCCCAAUGCCACAAAUAUAUUUUGCACCCAGGAAUUGAUAACGUUUUUCUCUCAUUUUUUUCUCCCUUAAUUGAUUUAGGUGAAUUAUUCGUUGAUUUGUUGAUAUACGGUAUUAAUUUUCCAACUUUGACAAUGAACAAGUUAUAUUUUAAAAAGAGUAAAAGAGUUUUAAAAAGUGUAUGUGGGUUUUUUUGUGUUUUUGUUUUAAGUGCGCAGGGAAUCUUGCUACAUAUAAAG